GACGAGCUGGAGCGCCUUCGUCCUCUGUGCUACAAAAACGCCGACGUCUUCCUCCUGUGCUACAGCGUGGUGCGCCCCUGCUCUUUCCGCAGCCUGAUCGACAGGUGGGUCCCCGAGAUCCGUCAGCACUGUCCCGGCGCGCCCCUCGUCCUGGUUGGCACCCAGCUGGACCUGAGGGAGGACGUCCAGGUGCUGAUUCACCUGGCGCAGAACCAGGAGCGGCCGGUGUGCACCGAGGAGGGCCAGCAGCUCGCGCAGGAGCUCGGGGUGGUGAGCUUCGCCGAGUGCUCGGCGCUGACCCAGAAGAACCUGAAGGACGCCUUUGAUUCAGCCAUCUUGGCCAGCAUCCAGCAGACGGACAGUUGCAGCGUCCAGCAGCAGAGGCUGACCCUGAGGAAGAGGACGCCCGAUAAGAUCAAGAGCCUCUCGGAGACCUGGUGGAAGAAGAUCAACUGUCUGAUGGGAGAGCGGAGCUGCGACUUCAAGUGAACGGCCGCAGGAGUCAAAACUGCGAGGGUCGCUGCGUGUUUGCACAUAGUUUGUAGGUUUGGUUGGUUUCGCGCUGCAGGCAGAAGGUGCCAGAUGGGUGCAGAUUAUCAGCACCAGUGAAAUCCUCAGACUGGCAGAAAGAGUACUGACGGAGGAGGACAGCGCCUGUGGAAACAGCUGUAAUGUCCUCUG